GGGAGCCCGCAGGAAGGGCAGGCCCGCCGCUGCCCCUGGGAUCUGCUGUCUCGCCGCCGCACGAGGCCGGGACACGGCGGAAGCGCCGGAGCGGCGUGCCGGGCCGCGCCGCCCCCUCGGGGGGACACCCGGCGGCUCGUCUGCGCUGCCCCGCCCGGGCCGGCCGCGCUCCCUGCCCGCAGUGGGGUCCCGCCGCCGGCCGAUCCUCCCCCGCGCCGCCGCCGGGACUUACGGCAGUUUUGUUACUUUCUCGGACUUACAUGGACAUUUCCCGGGAGCGCGCUUAGAACGCGGGCGCCGCGUCCCGCCAGCCGCUCGCCGCCCUCCUCACCGCGGGCACCGCCGCUGUCUCUGCCGCUCGCGCCCCGGGACGCGAAGGCUCCCGGCGGCGCGGCCCCCGCCUGCCCCCACCGGCCCGCCUGCCUCGCCGACUUUCUCCGCCGCUCGGAGCGAGAGCAACAGCUUGCCCGGCCCGGCCGAGACAAACGACGCGGGAGGCAGCGAGGGAGCGGGCGGCGGCGGGCACCGCCGAGCCGCGGCCUCUCCGCCGGAGCCGCGAGGAGCUGCCCUCCCUCCCUCCUCCCCGUCCCGGGCCGCGGAGCCACGCCGGGCGGCGCUGCGGGGACCGGCGGCGGGGCCCCGCCGCCCGGGAGGAGAGCGCGCCCGGGGGGGCGCCCGCUCCCUCGCCUCUUGCGGGCUGCUGCCGCGGGGUGCCUGGCCGCCGCCGCCCGCGCCCUGCUCCGCCGCGGCCCCGGCGCCCGCUCCGGCGCCCGGGGUGAUGCCAUGCCCCGCAACCACGGCGGCGGGGAGGAGGGCGGCUCCGCGGGGCUCUGGGUGAAGAGCGGCGCGGCAGCUGGCAUGAAGGAUGUGGAGUCGGGCCGGGGCAGGGCGCUGACGAGCUCAGCGGCCCGCGGCGACGGCCUGCUGCUCCUGGGCACCGGCGGCGCGGCCGCCCCCGCCGGGCUGCGGGAGGGCCGCCGCGGGAAGCACGGCGCCCGCAUGAGCCUGCUGGGGAAGCCGCUGUCUUACAGCAGCGGACCGAGCUGCCGCAGGAACGCCAAGUACCGCCGCCUGCAGAACUACCUGUACAACGUGCUGGAGCGGCCCCGCGGAUGGGCCUUCGUCUAUCACGCCUUCGUUUUUCUCCUUGUGUUUGGUUGCUUGAUUUUGUCCGUGUUUUCUACUAUUCCUGAACACACAAAACUUGCCUCUGGUUGUCUCUUCAUUUUGGAGUUUGUCAUGAUUGUUGUCUUUGGUUUGGAAUUUAUUAUUCGUAUCUGGUCUGCUGGGUGCUGCUGUCGAUACCGAGGAUGGCAAGGAAGACUGCGCUUUGCAAGGAAACCGUUCUGUGUGAUAGACAUCAUUGUUCUCAUCGCUUCAAUAGCAGUUGUUUCUGCAAAAACUCAAGGUAACAUUUUUGCAACAUCAGCACUGAGAAGUCUUCGUUUCCUACAGAUCCUUCGUAUGGUGCGCAUGGACCGAAGAGGAGGCACUUGGAAAUUAUUAGGUUCUGUAGUUUAUGCACAUAGCAAGGAAUUAAUCACAGCCUGGUACAUAGGAUUUUUAGUACUCAUCUUUUCAUCUUUCCUGGUUUAUUUGGUGGAAAAAGAUGCAAAUACCGAAUUCUCCACAUAUGCAGAUGCUCUCUGGUGGGGCACAAUCACAUUGACAACCAUUGGCUAUGGAGACAAAACUCCUCUUACUUGGCUUGGAAGGUUGCUUUCUGCGGGAUUUGCUCUACUUGGCAUUUCUUUCUUUGCACUACCUGCGGGCAUCCUCGGCUCAGGAUUUGCAUUGAAAGUGCAGGAACAGCAUCGUCAGAAACACUUUGAGAAAAGAAGGAAUCCAGCUGCAAGUUUAAUUCAGUGUGUAUGGCGUAGUUAUGCUGCUGAUGAGAAAUCAGUUUCCAUUGCUACCUGGAAGCCUCAUUUGAAGGCCUUGCAUACCUGCAGCCCUACAAAAAAAGAACAAGGGGAAUCUUCUAGCAGUAAGCUUUGUAGUAAUAAACAGAAGCUCUUCAGGAUGUACACCCCUCGGAAACAUAGCCAAAAGCUAAGUUUCAAGGAGCGGGUCCGGAUGGCCAGCCCACGAGGUCAAAGUAUAAAAAACAGGCAAUCUUCAGUCGGAGAUCGCCGGUCCCCAGGUGCUGACAUUGCCACCGAGGGCAGCCCAACCAAAGUCCAGAAGAGCUGGAGCUUCAACGACCGAACCCGCUUCAGGCCCUCGCUGCGGCUGAAGAGCUCCCAGCCCAAGCCCAUGGUUGAUGCUGACACCAGUCUUGGAACAGACGAUGUUUAUGAUGACAAAGGGUGCCAGUGUGAUGUGUCGGUAGAAGAUCUCACCCCUGCUCUUAAAACUGUCAUUAGAGCUAUCAGAAUUAUGAAGUUUCAUGUUGCAAAGAGAAAGUUUAAGGAAACGCUUCGCCCAUAUGAUGUCAAAGAUGUCAUUGAACAGUAUUCAGCAGGUCACCUAGACAUGUUGUGCAGGAUUAAGAGUCUUCAGUCACGCGUUGACCAAAUUCUUGGGAAAGGACAAAUCACAGCAGAUAAAAGAAGCAGAGAGAAGAAUCCUGCAGAGCAUGAGACAACUGAUGAUGUCAGUAUGUUAGGGCGGGUAGUCAAAGUGGAGAAACAGGUACAAUCCAUUGAAUCAAAACUGGACUGUCUAUUAGAUAUUUAUCAACAAGUUCUGCGAAAAGGAUCUGCAUCCGCGCUCACUUUGGCUUCAUUUCAAAUGCCAGCUUUCGAGUGUGAGCAGACUUCUGAUUAUCAGAGUCCAUCAGACAGCAAAGAUUUGUCUAACUCUGCACAACUUAGUGGAUGUGUAUCCAGAUCAGCUAGUGCCAAUCUGCCUCGUGGCCUACAGCUUAUACUGACACCAAAUGAAUUUAGCACUCAGGCUUACUAUGCUUUUAGUCCAGCUAUGCAUAGUCAAGCAACACAAGUGCCAAAUGAUGGACCUGCAACAGUUAAUAAUGCAUCAAACCAAAUAAACCAGACAAGUAAGCCAGCAACUCCGACAACAUUACAAAUACCACCCUUCUCAUCGAUGAAGCAUAUCAAUAGGCCUGAGCCCAUUCAUAUUAUUCCUGUAACCACACAGGAAAAUAUUUCUAAUGUCACCGCUUGCCUUGUUGCAUCAAAGGAUAAUGGACAAGUUGCACAACCCAGUGCAACAAAGGAUCUCACAUGGAGAAAAAGUCUGGAUACAGAAGGGGAACAUUUGCUCUCAGUUAAACCUGUAGUGCAAAUGGAUUUAGGAAAAUCUUUAUCUGUACAAAACCUUAUACAGUCAACAGAAGAACUGAAUAUACAGAUUGCUGGCAGUGACUCCAGUGGUUCCAGAGGUAGCCAAGAUGUAUACUCCAAAUGGAGGGAGUCAAAAUUAUUUAUAACGGAUGAAGAGUUGGAGACAGAGGCAGGGACAGAGACUACUGAAGCCAUCUCACGCCCAUUAGUGGAAACAACUCUCUCUGCUGACUCUCUAAGGACUGGAAUAUCAAGAUCAUCUCAAAACAUCUGCAAGCCAGGGGAUGGUACAGAAGCACUCAAUCUGCUCCAUGUCAAACUUAAGUAACUUCUGGCUUUCUUCAUUGGCUGGGUCAUUCCUCUAGUCAUACAUAUCAUAGCAUGAACUGUUUUGAAAGCCUUUUUAAUAAGAUAAAAUCACAAAAAUCAGGAUGAAUCUGCAAAGCAGUUGAAUGAGCCCAUAUUUCCUAGUUGCAUGAAAAAGCAUGUCUAAGCAAUGGCUAACAUCCAAAUUUAUACCUACAGUACAGCAGCCUUUCAUGUAGUACAGUAGGUUUAAAUAAUGAGUUGCCUACAAAGCUAAUGCUGCAGGAUGUAUCAAAAAACAAAAAUUUGAGCAUUUAGACCUUGUGCUGUUUCUAUGGGGCAGAAGUAAAAAUCUUAAGGUUUAAAGCACUUUGCUUCUGAACUGAAUAAAUAUAUAUAUAUAUAAUGUCCUGAUUUAGAUGAUAGUUUAUGUUUACAACAAAAAGAUUAUCUACAGCUGCUAGCAAGGUACCAAGGAAAUGAGUAACAUGGGGUUAGAAAUGGCUGCCAGUUGCAAGAUACACACAUUAACUCAUCAGUAAUCAGUUAUUUUUAGCUCUGAGGAACAGUACGUUAAUACCUGAUUUUUGGUGAUCUAGUGCUGUGGCAGAAGUAGCUGACACACCACUGUCACAUUGUUCUUUAUAACAAGAACUAUUUUGUUACAAAAGGUUUGUAUUUUAAGGAUUGGGUCUGGCCUCAGAAGUGAAUAACAUAGGGGACUGCACCGAAAAUUCAAGUGAAUCUCUCCUUCUAGUUUCAUUGAGAAGCUGACUUGUGAAUCUGAACCAUUUUGGCAGCAGUAGGUGAGGGAAGGAAGCAGGUGCUGCCUUUAUUGUAGAAGCAAUAUUUCCUUCUUGUGAAAAUUUUGGCAAUUUUCCUUGCAGUCCCAGCCUGAUACUACAACAGCACUUUCAUAAGGCUGGGCAAGAAAGGAAAAUGAGGAACUGAAAUACAGAGUAAAACUAAAGAGGACAGAACAGAAGGGAGAAAGACAACACAAUCAAUAGGAAAAUAAGUAAAUAAUAAUAUGGAUUUAGAUGGGCAGGAAGGGAAAUCAUCCCAUAAAAUAAAACAAGAAAGGUGAAGAAGGAAAAAGUUACUUUUUUUUUCCUCACAGAUACUGAGUGUUAUUUAAAAAAUUUUUUAAAAAUUAAAAAAAAAAAACAUGCAGGCAAUCAGAA